AUGUUGGCAUUAGAACGGGCAAUAAAACCGGAGGACCUCUCCGUGGGUGGAUUCCUAGCCGUCCUAGGUGAGGAUCAGUCAUUAAAACCAGCACUCUUUUCCUUUCCAUCCCGCCAUCACCCCCUCCUGUACUCCUCAAAAUACACCAUCACCUUCCGACACCCCACAGGACUCCACCCAACCCUCCAGAUCUCAAUCCCGCGCUCCUCCCUCUCAGAGCCACCCCCGCGUGCGCCCCCAGACUCCAAAUGCUCCCUACACACCUACUUAACGCUUCCCUCCUCCCUCUUCGCCGACAAAUACCAACUAUCCACCACUGACCCGCUCUUCCUGCAAUCCCAUAACCUCCUCUCCCUCCGCGCCAUUGCUGGAGAAACAGACCUCGAAGCUCCAGACUGGGUAACUGAUCGCUGGGGUUCAAGCCUGCUUCUUGAGCUCGCCACGCCCUUAUCACGUCCGUCGCGUAAACACAAAACCACAUACGUAAACGGAAACCACAACGACGACAACGACGACUACGACGAAGAUGACUGGCAAAUAACCAUACCCCUACACCUGCGCUAUCUGCAUCCUUCACCUAGCGGCUACAGGAACAUUAGCGUGCCCUGGCCCGUGGUCUUCUGGGCAUGUGCGCCUGAAGACGGAGGAGAAGGUGAAACGGCGGGCGGAGGAAAGACGAUGGGAAUCAACCCGUUCGACAGAGUAGGGCUAGGGUGGGAUGGGUUGUUUGCGCCUGGGACGCUGUUUUACCAAUUACAUCCCGAUACAGCUGCGUCUGCGACAGGCGUGGAUGCGCAUGCGCUUGUGGAGCAGAGGGGUUUGAUGGUUGAGAAGAUACAGGUGCCAGUUUUGAAAAUUGGGGACGGUGGGGGUCUUUCUGAGGAUGUGCAUAGUAUUGAGACGGUGACUUUGAUCGUUGUUUGUUUUGGGUUUUUGUGGGUGUUUCGGAGUUUGGGUGAGGUUGUGAAGAAGAGCGGGCUUGGAAGAGAGGGUGAGAGACGAGAUUUAAAGGGGAGGGAGAAGAGGGAAUGA